AAUCGCGACUGCGCAGAAGGAAGCAGAAGGUUGUGACAAAACUCAGUCGGAGUUGAUUGAUUUUUGUCCGAUCGUUUUCUCGAGUGUGUUGAAAACUUAAUUUGUUUCUUGGAAAGAAACAAAUUCGAAAUCAGAAAUGGGACUUACUGGCACGCUUUAUCGUCUUGUUUUUAAACGUUCGUCCACGUUUGCAGUCGCCGUCUUAGCUUCUGCCUUUUUCUUCGAAAGAUCAUUCGAUAUGGCCUCCGAAAAAAUUUUUGACACUAUAAACAAAGGGAAACAAUGGAAGGAUAUAAAGCACAAGUACGAAUGAGACGUUUUAGAGACGAUGAAAUUAGAUCAUUAUGAUUAAGUGGCUUACUCUCACAUCAUGUAAAUAAACAACAAAUUAUACUGUAAUUGAUACCGAUGAGUUUGUCACACCCUUACAGUGGUUUUAUGUAUUUAUUUAUAUACCGUGUAUGUGUCUCUUGUGAUGUGAAUAUCAGUACACAUUUAUUUUUA